GCAACGCAAAGCACUUUGUCUGACAAGACCAACGUUAAAAGAAAUCAUUUUGAACGAAUCGCGAUGCGUCUCUCGUCUUUAGAUGAACAAGAAAUGAUGGAAAAUGAUUCACCAUCGCCAAGCAAGGACGAACAGGACGACGAUGACAUGGGCGGAAAAGGUGAAGCGGAACGAAGGAAGAAGGCCGCGCGCUCUGCGUCUAUGAUCCGAAGAAACGCUCGAGAAAGAAAUCGUUUGAAAAGAUUGAAUAGUACUUUUGUCGCCCUACAAUCGCAUUUACCAGAUCAAGCCCUGCCAGUUGUAAGCAAAGGAAAUAAAGCAAUGAGCAAGGUUGAUAUUCUACGCGGUGCUAUUCACUAUAUAAAAGAUUUGCAAAGUUUACUGGAUGAAAACAAUCACUUGACAACAUCAGGAACACCAACUUCUUCACAUCCCUCCCUUUUCAAUACUGAGGACGUUUUACACGCCCAAACUCUUCAAUCAGCCUUCUUCUGGUCGUCAACUUAGAUGAUGGGAAUUUCCUUGGGAAUGCAACAGAUGAAGUAAUUCCGCAUUGAAAUCUCUUCCCCAUCUGUCGUCUUCCCACUUCGCCAAAUUGUGCCUUAAAAACAUUUUAUUUUUACAUGAUUCUCUGCAAUUUAUUAGUUUUUUUAGUAACUAUUAUGAUUUAGUAUCAGUGAGAGAAUGUCUUUUGAUGGAGAGAGAAAAGAAGAAAGCAAAGAAAUGGAAAGGGAAGAAAUCCACGCUGAAAUGCGAAUUGAAAAAAAAACUAUUUUGUAAUUAUUAUAUUUCUACUUUUUUACGUUAUUUUUUAUUUAAAAAUAACAAUCUGCAUCGUUGGUUAUUUUGAAUAGAUGAAAAAUGUUCACUG